AUGCAGCGACGGCGGCGCCCUCCGCCGCCCUCCUCGCCGCUGAGCGAUGGCGGCGCGGGCGGGGGUCCCGGCUGCGGCGGGAGCGAGGAGGUGGAAGUGCCUUCGGAGGCGGCCGCGCGCAGCACUGAGGAGGAGGAGGAGCGGCUUGAGCGCGAGCACUUCUGGAAGAUCAUUAAUGCCUUCCGCUACUACGGCACCAGUAUGCAUGAGCGAGUGCACCGAACAGAAAGACAGUUUCGAUCACUUCCUGAUAAUCAACAGAAACUGCUUCCUCAGUUUCCUCUUCACUUGGACAAGAUCCGGAAUUGCAUUGACCAUAAUCAAGAAAUACUACUGACCAUUGUGAAUGAUUGCAUACAUAUGUUUGAAAAUAAAGAAUAUGGAGAAGAUGGGAAUGGAAAGAUUAUGCCGGCAUCUACAUUUGACAUGGAUAAAUUGAAAUCCACAUUAAAACAGUUUGUGAGAGACUGGAGUGAAACUGGGAAAGCAGAGAGGGAUGCCUGCUACCAGCCAAUCAUUAAAGAAAUAUUAAAAAAUUUUCCAAAAGAAAGAUGGGAUCCUUCUAAAGUUAAUAUUCUGGUACCUGGUGCUGGACUAGGAAGACUGGCCUGGGAAAUAGCUAUGCUAGGUUAUGCUUGUCAAGGAAAUGAAUGGAGUUUUUUUAUGCUCUUUUCUUCCAACUUUGUACUCAACAGGUGUUCUGAAAUUAAUAAAUAUAAGCUUUAUCCUUGGAUCCAUCAGUUUAGCAAUAACCGGAGAUCAGCUGAUCAGAUUCGACCAAUUUUCUUCCCUGAUGUUGACCCCCACAGUCUUCCUCCUGGUUCUAACUUUUCUAUGACAGCAGGAGAUUUUCAGGAAAUAUAUUCAGAAUGCAACACCUGGGACUGUAUUGCUACUUGUUUCUUCAUUGAUACAGCUCACAAUGUAAUUGAUUAUAUUGAUACUAUAUGGAAAAUACUCAAGCCAGGUGGAAUUUGGAUAAAUCUAGGUCCUCUGCUGUACCAUUUUGAAAAUUUGGCAAAUGAACUUUCUAUAGAAUUGAGCUAUGAGGAUAUAAAAAAUGUUGUUCUGCAGUAUGGAUUCCAGAUAGAGGUGGAAAAAGAAUCUGUCUUGUCAACAUAUACUGUGAACGAUCUCUCCAUGAUGAAAUACUACUAUGAAUGUGUCUUGUUUGUUGUACGGAAACCACAGUAAUUGCCUCAAGUGAUAUCACCAGGAAAAAAAGUAUAAUAAGAGCAAAUGCUGAAAUAUAGAACUCAAAAUCAUCUAUCAGUAAGGACAAGACCUCAAAUCAGUGGUGCCUUCUUAUUCUUAAAAUAAUUUAGAAAAUAGCAUCUAUUUUCUUAAUAUGUGUCUAUUGCUUUUUUCAGAAAUAAACUAUGCCAUGCAUAUUUGUACUACACAAGUGAACAUGGAGGA